AUGACAUUGGGUGUUCGGGAACAUCUUAUCGAGGCCAUCCGUCUGCAUCUUCGAGCAGACGGGCCGGUUGGUAUAUACCUUUCAGGGGGCAUUGACUCCUCACUCGUGGCCGGGAUCGUAACCCAUCUGGUGAAAGAAAGGGGCAUCACUGCUGGAAGCCAAGAUCCCACAGAUCGAGUCCGCUGCUUCAUUAUCCAGGUCCCCCUGAAUCCGGGUUUGACGAUUCCGGUACAGAUGGUAGGGCGAACAGCGGACUUCCUAGGUGUCUCGAUCCAAAAGUUCGAGAUGAACGAAGCUCGACUGACCCCAAACUUUGCCGAUUCGGCCUACCACUGCGAGCACCACAAUUCCGACCUCAAUAGCGUGGGCAAGUUCGUCCUCUCCAAGGAAACAAGGGAUAGCGAUUGGGACAUCAGUAAGGGAGAAAUUUCUGGAGAAGUGGAUUCUGCGCGAGGCGGCGAGGUCUUUUGUCACGAAGGAUAUUUACGAGACGAGGAAGCACCCAUUUAUGGCGCCGACGAAGUGGCUGAAGGAUGGGCUGCUGAAUAGGAUGUUUGAGGGUUUGCUGACAAGAGAGAAGGUGGAGGGCUGGGAUUUGUGAGUUAUGGGUUGGUGGAAAAGCCGUUGCAGGACGGGUUUGGCGAUGAUGGAUCUGCAGGCUUUUAGGAGGCUGCUUUUCGUGGGGCCGUGAGUUGUGCUGGAUGAGAGGUUUUGGAUUAAGAGAGUUGGGGUGGAGGACUAUGGUGAUGGGGAGUUGUCUUGAAGCGAUAGAGGCGGGCAUGGGUAGCGGUGACUUAGGGUCUUGAUUAAAGGUAAAACAGUUGGAGAUAAAAGUUUUAGAUUGAGGUUCGGG